UACCAAGAGACGCCAGUGAAGUCAGUAGGGUUAGGUUAUCAUUGAAAUAUCUAUAAACAUUUUCUCCAUAAAUUUAGAAAUGAAAUUGGAGCGAGUUGUGAAUAAAUUGACAAAGUGGUACGACAUAUAUCGAUUUAAUUUAAAUAUGUAGAUACUCAGACCAUUGAAUGAAUGUGAUGGAUUACGAGAAGAUUGAAUCUCAAUGACAAGAUUGUCAUCUCAUGAUUGGGAAAAGUACGUAUGUCUCUAUUUAAAAGAGAGCCAAUAUGAUAGAAAUCACGGCAAAACUCGUUCGAGGUCCUGUAUAUUUUUCCGGGGAGAUUAUAGAAUGUUUGGUCACGUUCACCAAUCCCCCGAACCCAAAUCAUCAAAUAUCACAAAGCCACAGUGAUUUAUUCGAGAGUCUCGCAUGGGCGAGUGCACAGGUCCAUUGCCAGUGUACAAUCAACAGCAAAAUGGUCCUUUCAGAGAAAAUAAAUACUGCAGCUCGUUCAGUGGCAAUUAACGCAAAUACUACCUUUGCGCCAUGGCAGCAAGACAAUGGACACGUAGUACUGAAUACAAAGCCAAAGAUCUUGUGUUGCGACUUAAGACUGUCACCUGGAGAAAGUAAGACCUAUAUUUAUCGUGAGGCAAUACCAAGUGACGCUCCACCUUCGUACAGAGGGCAGGCUGUGAAAUAUUCUUAUAAGAUUACAAUUGGAACACAAAGAGUGAAUACAGUUAUAAAACUGCUGCGAGUACCGUUCAGGGUGCUUUCUUUAAGCGAAUUGCCAGAAAUAACAGCAUGUAACGAUAGCGUAGAUCUGAGUCCGAACAAUCCGUUUAUGGAAACACAGAACAGGGAAACUCCACUAGAUAUCGCUCUACAAACGCUGCAGUCUACAACGUUUCAGAAUUUAACAGCCAGACGCAGUCCGAACUUUUACAACGUGACGAACGGCCGUGGGCGCGUGGUGCGGUUCUGCCUCUUCAAGAAUUCCUACAAACUCGGCGAGGACAUUGUCGGAACCUUCGAUUUUUCGAACGCGACUGUAUCCUGCGUUCAGGUGUCUGUGUCUUUACAGUCAGAGGAACACGUGUCCGAGGAGUACAAGCGAGGGAAGACCGCUACGCCGACCCUGAUCAGCUACAACAAGCAUCACGAGAUGUGUCUCGGUCUCAAAUAUUCGCAUCUGGUGCUACCGAUACCCUUGCAUGUCACACCGGAUUUUACUACCGAUUUGGUAACGCUCAAGUGGCGAUUACAUUUUGAGUUUGUCACAACGCCGAAAUUGAUGGACAUGCCCGGUGAGAACACCAUAAGCUGGCACGGACCUUCGACUCUGGAUGUCGAAACGAUGAUUUGGGAUCUUCCACUGCAUAUCCAUCCAACCACUACUCCGCCGAACAUGGCGCAACAGACGAAAUACAACACCGUCAUAUAAGCAUCAUAACGUAGCAUAUAUGCAUGUUAUUUAAUCAGUGCACAUAAAAGAAGCGAUGUAUCGGUACUUUUGGUGCAGGUGGAAUCAACAGAAAAUAACUUAAACUUACAGUCACAUAUUCUACGUUUCAUGAUUUUUAUGUGGUAGGUAUGCGAUUAUUGUUAUUCCAUGAUGGUUUAGAAAAUUUGUAUUCUGUAUGAUAAUUUAUUAUAUAUGAGGAAGAUAUAUUUUCAUA